GCCGUCCCGAAGCAAACGACGCUCCUCGCUGCACUCUUCGGUCGUCUACGGACCUAGAGUGUUCGUUCUGUUCACCGAACCGGUGUGGUCAGCGUGUGUCACUGCGAUUUAAUCGACGUGUCGUCGGUGAGAAUCAGUGCGAUCAAGGAAGACAGGAUCAGAAUGUGGCGUGAUCCUCCUGGAGGAGGGUAUAACAUACCCACCUAUUUAACGAUGAUGCUUCUCUUAGCUCUCCUGGCAUUGACAAACGUGGCUUGCGCUGAGGACGAAUCCAUGGGACCAGUAUUUGUCAAGGAACCACCAAACCGAGUUGACUUCUCUAAUGGAACUGGAGCUGUCGUCGAAUGCCAGGCCAGAGGAAACCCCCAACCGGAUAUCAUCUGGGUUCGUGCUGACGGAAGCGCUGUUGGAGACGUUCCUGGACUCAGACAGGUCUUACCAAAUGGGAACUUGGUCUUCCCUCCUUUCCGCGCCGAGGAUUAUCGUCAAGAGGUUCACGCUCAGGUUUACAGCUGUCUGGCACGUUCCCCGGCAGGUUCAGUUCACAGCCGAGAUGUCAACGUGAGAGCCGUGGUCCAGCAGUUCUACGAGACGAGGGUCAUCGACGAGUUCGUCUUGCGCGGCAACACGGCAACCUUGAAGUGUCUGGUCCCUAGCUUUGUGGCGGAUUUCGUAGACGUGAUCGAGUGGCUGGCUGUCGAGGACGGGUCCACGUACUCCGCGAACAGCCAAGAAGAAAAGGAUGGGAAAUACCUGGUGCUGCCGUCCGGUGAGCUUCACAUUCGCGAUGUCGGGCCCGAGGACGGAUACAAGACCUAUCAGUGCCGUACCAAGCAUAGACUCACAGGAGAGACAAGACUGUCUGCCACCAAGGGACGUCUCGUCAUCACCGAACCAGUCGAUUUCGCAAAGCCAAAGUUCUCGACGAUCGACAAGAGCCGAACGGUCGAGAUUUCGAAAGCUCAGGGCGGUACAUUGCAGUGUCCUACUCAGGCGUAUCCUGUCCCAGUUUUCAAAUGGUACAAGUUCAUCGAGGGCUCGUCACGUCGUCAACCAGUUCAGCUGAACGAGCGCGUACGUCAGGUGAGCGGUACACUGAUCAUCCGCGAGGCUCGCGUCGAGGAUUCUGGCAAGUAUCUGUGCAUCGUGAACAACUCGGUCGGUGGCGAGAGCGUGGAGACCGUCCUCACCGUAACCGCCCCGUUGGCCGCCGAGAUCGAACCCAGCACGCAGACCAUCGACUUCGGAAGACCGGCUACGUUCACCUGCAACGUCAGAGGAAACCCGAUCAAGACUGUCUCCUGGCUGAAGGAUGGCAAACCACUUGGACUGGAAGAGCCGGUACUGAGAAUCGAGAGCGUGAAAAAGGAGGACAAGGGGAUGUACCAGUGCUUCGUUAGAAAUGACCAAGAAAGCGCCCAGGCGACUGCUGAAUUGAAACUUGGCGGACGAUUCGAACCCCCGCAGAUUCGCCAGGCAUUCGCCGAGGAGACUCUGCAGCCGGGGCCGAGCAUGUUCUUGAAAUGCGUGGCCAGCGGAAAUCCGACUCCUGAGAUCACCUGGGAACUCGAUGGGAAACGAUUGUCCAACACCGAGAGGCUUCAAGUCGGGCAGUACGUAACAGUGAACGGCGACGUGGUUUCACACUUGAACAUCUCCAGCAUUCACACGAACGACGGCGGUCUCUACAAAUGCAUUGCUGCCUCAAAGGUUGGAUCCGCGGAGCACUCUGCGCGUCUCAACGUUUAUGGUUUGCCCUUCAUCCGCCACAUGGACAAAAAGGCCAUCGUCGCCGGCGAGACACUUCGCGUGACCUGCCCGGUUGCCGGAUAUCCGAUCGAGAGCAUCGUGUGGGAACGAGACACCAGAGUUCUGCCGAUCAACAGGAAGCAGAAAGUCUUCCCGAACGGCACGCUUAUCAUCGAGAACGUCGAGAGGAUGAGCGAUCAGGCUACGUACACCUGCGUGGCGCGCAACGCUCAAGGCUACAGCGCUAGAGGAACGUUGGAAGUUCAAGUCAUGGUUGCACCGGAAAUCGUGCCGUUCGUGAUCGGCGAGGGACCAGCGAAUUGGGGGGACACCGUGACCGCGACGUGCACGGUACUGAAAGGUGAUCACCCGAUCCAGAUCGAGUGGGCGUUGAACGGCGAGCCGAUUUCGCGUAACCAUUACGACAUAUCGAUAGUGAACACCAGCAAGCGUGUCAGCGUACUGACGAUCGACGCUGUGACAGCGAGACACGCCGGCGAGUACACGUGUUCCGUGAGCAACGCAGCCGGUGGGACGAGUUACUCCGCAUCUCUCGCCGUGAACGUCGCUCCGCAUCUGCAGCCGUUCUCGUUCGACGAGGCCAACUCCGGCGAUCUGAUAAUCGUCCAUUGCGCGGUCGUGAAGGGGGACACGCCGAUUUCGCUCAAGUGGUUGUUCGAGGGACGCCAUUUAGAAGUAGGCGACGGAGUGGGUAUCACCGCGUUGGGGGAUAGAGUGUCCGCACUGACGAUCCCCGCAGUCAGGGGAGAGCACGCCGGGGAGUAUGCUUGCGUCGCCGAUAAUCCAGCCGGUCGUGCUAGGCACAGCGCCCAUCUCAAAGUGAAUGUACCUCCGCGCUGGAUUCUGGAACCAACUGAUAAGGCAUUCGCUCAGGGCUCCGACGCGCGCGUCGAAUGCAAAGCUGACGGUUUCCCAAAGCCCCAGGUCACAUGGAAGAAAGCUGCUGGAGAUACACCGGGCGAUUAUACCGAUUUGAAACUGAGCAAUCCAGACAUCAGCGUCGAGGAUGGAACCCUGUCAAUCAAUAACAUUCAGAAGACGAACGAAGGCUAUUAUCUGUGCGAGGCUGUAAAUGGAAUUGGCGCAGGGCUCUCGGCUGUUAUUUUCAUCUCGGUUCAGGCUCCGCCUCAUUUCGAGAUCAAACUGAAGAAUCAAACGGCAAGACGCGGAGAACCGGCUGUGUUGCAAUGCGAGGCUCAAGGCGAGAAACCAAUUGGCAUCUUAUGGAACAUGAACAACAAGAGAUUGGACCCGAAGAGCGAUUCUCGUUACACCAUCCGCGAAGAAAUUUUGGCUAACGGCGUACUGUCUGAUCUGAGCAUCAAGAGAACCGAGAGAAGCGACUCUGCCCUGUUCACUUGUGUUGCUACCAAUGCCUUUGGAAGCGAUGACACCAGUAUUAACAUGAUUGUACAAGAGGUUCCUGAAGUUCCAUACGGUCUGAAGGUAUUAGACAAGUCCGGACGAUCGGUUCAAUUAUCCUGGGCAGCACCGUACGACGGAAACAGCCCUAUCAAACGCUAUGUCAUCGAAUACAAGAUCAGCAAAGGUUCAUGGGAAACAGACAUCGACAGAGUGUUGGUACCUGGAUCGCAACAGAACGUAGCUGGCGUUUUUAACCUGAGACCUGCCACCACAUAUCAUCUGAGAAUCGUUGCUGAGAACGAAAUUGGCGCGUCUGAUCCAUCUGAUACUGUCACAAUUAUCACUGCUGAAGAAGCUCCCAGUGGCCCACCAACCUCUGUUCGCGUUGACGCUCUUGACCAGCACACUCUUAAGGUAACAUGGAAACCACCCCCACGAGAAGACUGGAACGGCGAGAUUCUUGGAUACUAUGUUGGCUACAAACUCUCCUCCUCCUCUGAUUACAUUUAUGAAACUGUGGACUUCUCGAAGGAAGAUGGAAAGGAACACCAUUUGCAGAUCAUGAACCUGAAGACCUACACUCAAUACAGCGUUGUCGUUCAAGCAUUUAACAAAGUUGGAUCGGGACCAAUAAGCGAGGAACGAAGACAACAUACUGCUGAAGGAGUGCCUGAACAACCACCUCAUGACACUACUUGCACCACUUUGACUUCUCAAACUAUCAGAGUUUCCUGGAUGUCGCCACCUCUUAGCGCUGCCAACGGAGUCAUUACUGGCUACAAGGUUAUUUACGGACCAUCUGAUACCUGGUACGAUGAGAACACCAAGGAUACCAAGAUCACUUCCUCCAGUGAGACUAUUUUACACGGAUUAAAGAAAUAUACCAACUACACUAUGCAAGUUCUGGCUUUCACUUCUGGCGGCGAUGGAGUUAAAUCUGCACCUAUUCACUGUCAAACGGAACAGGAUGCCCCUGAAGCACCUAUUGCGAUCAAGGCACUUGUUAUGUCGGCUGAAUCGAUUCUCGUUUCGUGGCGUCCACCAAGCCAACCAAAUGGAGUGAUUACCCAAUAUAUUGUUUACACCAAGGCAGACAACGCGGAAGAACCAACUAGCCAGAAAGUACCACCAAAUCAAUUAACUCACGAGGCAUCUGGAUUGGACAAACAGCGCAGAUAUGACUUCUGGGUAACUGCUAGCACCAACAUUGGAGAAGGAGAGGCUUCAAAAAUCGUGGCAUUGGCGCCAAGCGUACGAGUACCGGCAAAGAUCGCAUCGUUCGACGACAAAUUCACUGCUACCUAUAAGGAGGAUGUAAAAUUACCCUGCCUGGCUGUUGGUGUACCUGCACCGGAAGUUACAUGGAAAGUACGUGGCGCCGUUCUCCAAUCUAGCGACAGACUGCGACAAUUGCCCGAGGGAUCGUUGUUCAUCAAGGAAGUGGAUCGUACCGAUGCUGGAGAAUACUCUUGCUACGUCGAGAACUCGUUUGGACAUGAUACCGUUACGCAUCAAUUGAUUGUUCAUGCUCCCCCACACUCACCACAGGUUACUCUUACUGCUACGACUACUAAUUCAUUGACCAUGAAACUGAGACCUCAUCCUACCGAUAAUGCUCCGAUCCAUGGAUACACCAUUCACUACAAGCCUGAGUUUGGCGAUUGGGAAACUGCUCAAAUCAGCUCCACGGCUCAGAAAUACACACUGGAGAAUCUGUGGUGUGGCUCGAGAUAUCAGAUCUACGUUACAGCAUACAACGGAAUUGGAACUGGCGAUCCCUCCGACAUGCUCAACACUCGCACCAAAGGCUCGAAACCGAUCAUCCCUGAAGCUGCUAGAUUCAUCGAAGUUUCCACCAACAGUAUCACCCUGCAUUUGAGCGCCUGGUCUGACGGUGGCUGCCCAAUGCUCUACUUCGUCGUCGAACAUAAGAAGAAGCACCAACAGGAAUGGAAUCAGGUCUCGAACAACGUGAAACCCGGCGGAAACUUUGUCGUUUUGGACCUGGAUCCUGCUAGUUGGUAUCACUUGCGUGUCACCGCUCACAACAACGCUGGUUUCGCUGUGGCCGAGUACGAAUUCGCGACACUGACCGUAACCGGAGGUACGAUCGCGCCGCCCGUACGCAACAGCGGUAACGACAACACGGACGUCAGGCGUUAUUUCCCGUGGUUACCAAGUUGGCUCGACGUGAACGUGGUUGUACCGGUCGGAGCUACGGUUGUUGUGAUUAUUGUAGGCAUUGUUGUGAUUUGCGUCGCUCUGUCUAGAAGAACUCGAGGCCCGGAGCAAACACGGCUGCGAGGUAUCUCAUCAGCCGACGAGAAAUAUUACGAAGGACAAUACGACGUGGUAUAUCAACAAACUGGUGUCGGCGGAGCUACGCUUGACAAACGCAGGCCGGAUCUUCGCGACGAGCUUGGAUACAUCGCCCCGCCGAAUCGCAAACUACCACCUGUCCCUGGCUCCAACUAUAACACCUGCGAUCGCAUCAAGCGAGGUACAGUGAUAAGUGGAACAGGCUCGAUAAGAAGCCACUCGACGUGGGAUCCCAGACGACAUAUGUACGAGGAAUUGAAUCAUUGCGCGCCCAACCGAAGAUGCCCACCACCACCCCGUAUGGGCAGUGCUGAAGCUCUCUCGCACAGAGGCAUGGAGGAUGAGAUCUGCCCGUACGCUACUUUCCACCUUCUUGGUUUCCGCGAAGAAAUGGACCCGAGCAAGGCUAUGCAAUUCCAGACUUUCCCACACCCUGGCAAUGGACACUCUGGCACUAUGGGACCACCUGUUGGACAUCCUACUAACGCUUCAGCUCACAGCCGCUCUGGAUCUCAAUCUAUGCCCCGUCAAAACGGUCGCUACUCUCGCGUCCCAUCACAAGGGGGCGGCAGCGGAACCCACAAUGUCUUCUCUCCUGAAUACGAUGACCCGGCAAACUGUGCUCCGGAGGAAGAUCAGUAUGGCUCUCAAUACGGACAAUACGGCGCUCCCUACGAUCAUUAUGGAUCUCGCGGCUCAGUCGGACGUCGCAGCGUAGGAUCAGCUCGUAACAUCCCCGUUUCUGGAUCACCCGAACCACCACCACCGCCACCAAGGAACCACGACCAGAACAACUCGAGCUUCAACGACAGCAAAGAGAGCAACGAGAUCAGCGAGGCAGAGUGUGACCGCGAUCAACUUGUGAACCGCAACUACGGCGUGAAUGCUCGCGGCAAGGACGGCAUGACCACCGAGGAGAUGCGUAAACUCAUAGAGAGGAAGCCAAACGAAGCCCCCAGCCGGCAAGCCGGUGCCGGCCACGGCGGUCACGGGGGACUCCUCACACCCUACGAUACUGUGGCAGUGUAACCUGUAAAUCAUCUUCCGUGGUCUUCCGUCUCUCUCGUCACCAGCGCCCGAAGACACGAGAGAAGCGGAAAGAGUGCGCACGCUGACUCUUCCCCCGGUGCUGUCGUCGGUCCAAAUUGCAACGAUACAUCAGGAAAAUCACCAUCGUCGCGAGUAGAUAGAUUCGGUCCACCGCAUUAGGCGGCACGCUCGUUUAGACGUUUCGCUUCAACCAAUCCAGUCGGAUUUACCGCGGCGGCGACGAUAUUUGCCUCCUGAAGGGACCGUCUUCUUCGUCUUCGACCAUAUCAUUUUAUUCCAUUUUUGGCCUUUCUCUAUUUCGAUCUCGCGUUUUUUCGCAUAAGCGUCACUCGUUCUUGCUCAAUUGUCGACAAGGCCAUACUUACGAAACUGCCAAAUUGAUUGACUGCCGAUCAAGGCGAAGGGAUCAUUUUCAUUCGAGGGGCAAACCGCGUCGUUUCGCGUUUACAUUAUAUGCACGAACCAAUCCAUGGAUACCAUCGACACGUCGUAAACGAGUGUCUUAUUAGAAAACGAACACACCCGGCAUGUUCGUGUGAACGUUGGAGAAACGCGACUAGAAUCCGGCCCGCGACGCGUGCUCUCGGCGACGGUGCGUUUCACGGGGGUUUUCGGCGGUAUGUCCUAGGUUACAAUUGUCGCUUCCAAGCGCCACGAGUCACGGGAAGUAAACACGAGAUACAUUAGUUACUCGCUUUUUAAGUCAUGGUUGUGCCACACUGCCGCUCCCCGCAGGCAUAUGAUAUUACACGUACAUAUAUAUAUGAUGUAUACAUAUAUGUAUAUGUAUACAUAUAUAUAUGAUGAUAUUAUACAUACAUAUAUACAAUUUAUAAUUUCGUAACGAAGGUUGUGUCCCUGUUUUUUGGCGAUCGACGAUCUUGAGUCUCGACGUCGCGGAGAGCAAGUGUAGAGAGCACUGUUUUGCGACAGUGUCGCAGAGAGUGCGUCGUCGUUGUCGUCGUAGCAAGUUAGUCAGACAACAAACAACAGGUCGCAUCGAUGCCGUGGUGGCGUCUGGUCCCGAUAUUUCUUCCGCCGCGGAAAUUUCACGAAAAUUUCUUUCAUCGCCGAUCGACUUAUCCGUAGGAAGAACGCGGCACGCUGAAUCGCUUCAUCACGAUUCGAAACGCGAAAUUGUCAGCCGACCACACACAUACACACAUACAUACAUACACACACACACACACACACACACACAUAUACACACACCAUACAUGCCAUACGUCGAAAAGAGAGAGGAUAACGCGCAAGCACACACCACGCUCGCUGUCGAUUUUUAAUCGUCCUAUAUAAUAUUUAGUCCGCUAUACACACACAUAUAUUCGCAAGCUAAUCUCGAUCAAUUAUGAACGUACGUGAAUUUACUGAUAAAAGCGACGAUGAUAUUAUACGUGUAAGCAAUUCGAGCUACAAAUACCGAUUUAAACAUAAGUAGGGCAUAAGUCGGACGGAUGGUCGCGAGGUGCGCCGUUUCACUUUCGUUGAAUGGUGACGCGUCGAGCAUAGAUAAACAAACAGAAAAAUCUUAAACAAACAGGAAUCACGAUUAGAUAGAGAGUGCGAUUAGAUAUGGCGAAAUGAGGAUAAGAAAAGA